UUCCCUCUCUGUGGAGGCACGCGGGACUUGCUGGCUGCUCUGCCUGUGAUUGUUUGUGUCGCCGGGAGAAAGUUGCUUUCACAGCCUCUUCGCUUUGUUUUGCCUCAUUACCACACAGCUAUGGCGGACAACCAGGAGGAGAAGCUGUACAAGGUGGAGUACGCUAAAAGCGGCCGCGCCUCUUGCAAAACAUGCAAAGAAAGCAUCGCUAAAGACUCCCUGAGGCUGGCCAUCAUGGUGCAGUCGCCCAUGUUUGACGGGAAGGUCCCCCACUGGCACCAUUUCUCCUGCUUCUGGCUGAGUGCGGAGGCUCAGUCCCCGGCCGACAUCGCCGGCUUCUCGGAUCUCCGCUGGGAGGACCAGGAAAAGGUGAAAAAGGCCAUCGAGAGCGGCGGAGCUGUCGGAGUAGGAAGAGGCGAUCAGAAGAGUGCCGCUAAAGGAGAGAAGACUCUGAACAAUUUCGCGGUGGAAUACGCCAAGUCCAACCGCAGCACAUGCAAGGGCUGCGAGCAGAAAAUAGAAAAGGACCAAAUUCGUGUGUCCAAGAAGACCGUGGACCCUGAGAAGCCUCAGCUGGGUCUGAUUGACCGCUGGUACCACACGGCAUGCUUCGUGAGCCGCAGGGAGGAGCUGGUCUUCAGGCAUGAAUACAGCGCCGCCCAGCUGAAGGGAUUCAACGCGCUGCGUGCAGAAGACAAGGAGGAGCUGAAGAAGAAGCUGCCUGCUGUCAAAUCUGAAGGGAAGCAUAAAUCCGAUGAGGUGGAUGGGGCAUCAAAGAAGCAGAAGAAGGAGGAGGAGGAGGAGAAGAAGAAGCUCGAGGAGCAGAUGAAGAUUCAAAGCCAGCUGAUUUGGGGCAUUAAGGACAAGCUGAAGAAACAUUGUUCAGUCAACGACAUGAAGGAGCUGCUGAUUGCAAACGGCCAGGAUGUUCCCUCCGGAGAGUCCAACGUGCUGGACAGCCUGGCUGAUGGCAUGGCAUUUGGUGCUCUUGAAGCCUGUAAGGAGUGCCAGGGCCAGCUGGUGUUUAAAGGAGACUCGUAUUACUGUACAGGAGACAUUUCCGCCUGGACAAAGUGUGUGUUCAAAACCAGAACUCCUUCACGCAAAGACUGGGUCAUCCCUAAGGAAUUCCACGAAGUCCCUUUUCUAAAAAAGUUUAAAUUCAAGCAGCAGGACAGGGUUUACCCCAAGGAGACUCCCACUCAAACUCUGAAACCAGUGAAAGCUGAACCUCUGGCGAGUGCUUCUAGUGCUCCCACUGAGCGACUACAAGAACAGGCACCUUCAGAUAAACCCCUAACUGGUAUGAAGCUGCUGGCUGUUGGCAAGUUAUCCAAAAACAAAGAUGAUCUAAAGGCGGCUGUGGAGGAACUGGGUGGUAAAAUGACCAGCACAGCCAAUAAGGCCUCUCUUUGUCUCAGCUCUAAGAAGGAGGUGGAGAAGAUGAGUAAGAAGAUGGAGGAAGUAAGAGAUGCAGGCGUGCGUGUCGUCUCUGAGGAUUUCCUCACAGAUAUCAGGUCAUCGGGCAAAGGUCUUCAGGAGCUGGUUUCUCUACACGCCAUCUCACCCUGGGGUGCAGAAGUUAAAUCUGAACCUCAGGCUCCAACUGUGUCCUCCAAAUCUGGAGCUCUGGCUGCUAAGAGCACCGGCAGGGUGAAGGAGGAGGAGGGUGGUAGCAAGGCCAAGAAGAUGAAGCUAACAGUCAAGGGUGGAGCUGCUGUGGAUCCAGACUCAGGUCUGGAAAAUAGUGCCCAUGUGCUGGAGCAGAAUGGGAAGAUGUACAGUGCUACUUUGGGUCUUGUGGACAUAGUCAGAGGAACCAACUCAUAUUACAAGUUGCAGCUGCUGGAGGAUGAUGUACAUAAGAGAUACUGGGUUUUCAGGUCUUGGGGCAGAGUGGGCACCACCAUCGGAGGCAACAAGUUGGACAAAUUCCACGACAAGAACUCUGCGCUGGAUAAUUUCCUCUGUGUUUAUAAAGAAAAGACUGGGAACGAUUGGGGGACAUCCAACUUCACUAAAUAUCCCAAUAAGUUUUACCCUCUGGAGAUUGACUAUGGACAGGAUGAGGAGGCAGUGAAACGGUUGACAGCCUCUGCUGGCACCAAGUCGAAGCUGGACAGACCCGUUCAGGAUCUGAUCAAGAUGAUCUUUGAUGUGGAGAGCAUGAAGAAGGCCAUGGUCGAGUUUGAGAUUGACCUCCAGAAGAUGCCUCUUGGCAAGCUGAGUAAGAGACAAAUCCAGAGCGCCUACGCUCUUCUGACUGAAGUCCAGCAGGCGGUGUCAGCUAGCGUACCUGAGGCACAGAUACUGGAUCUCUCCAAUCGCUUCUACACUCUCAUUCCUCAUGACUUCGGCAUGAAGAAACCUCCCCUACUCAGCAACCUGGACUACGUUAAGGCUAAAGUUGAGAUGUUGGACAACCUGUUGGAUAUCGAAGUGGCCUACAGCUUGCUGAGAGGAGGGGCUCAGGACAAUGAGCACGAUCCAAUCGACAUCAACUAUGAGAAACUCAAAACUAAGAUUGAGGUUGUUGACAAGACCACGCAGGAGGCUGAAAUCAUCAUGCAAUACGUUAAGAACACCCAUGCUGCUACACACAACACCUACACUCUGGAAGUGCAAGAAAUCUUCAAAAUUGCACGAGAAGGAGAGCACCAACGCUACCGUCCAUUUGAGGAGAUACACAAUCGGCAGUUACUGUGGCACGGCUCUCGCACCACCAACUACGCUGGUAUUCUAUCUCAGGGACUUCGCAUUGCGCCUCCAGAGGCCCCUGUGACCGGCUACAUGUUCGGCAAAGGUGUGUACUUUGCUGACAUGGUGUCCAAGAGUGCAAACUACUGCCACACCUCUCAGUCAGACCCUGUGGGCCUCAUUCUGCUGGCAGAGGUCGCUUUAGGCAACAUGCAUGAGCUGAAGAAAGCCUCUCAAGUUACAAAGUUGCCAAAAGGAAAGCACAGUGUUAAAGGUUUGGGUAGAACCGCUCCUGAUCCAAAUGCUUCUGUCACUUUGAAUGGAGUCCAAGUGCCUCUGGGAAAAGGAGUCAAUACUAACAUUGAUGACACAAGUCUACUGUACAACGAGUACAUUGUAUAUGAUGUGGCUCAGGUAAACUUGAAGUAUCUCCUGAAGAUCAGGUUUAACUACCAGACAUCUCUGUGGUGAGGACUGCAGCCGUACCCUUCAAGGAAAAAAAACAACCACCGUUGCAUCUAAAUGCCUUGGCCUCAUUCUCUGCAGCAAAUGGCAUGUAAAGCAGUGAUGCUGUUCUAACAGUGUCCAUGUGAAAUAGUCUCACUUUACUACUUUUUCAUCAGGUUCUGUAGCAGGCAGCUUUUGUUAGAAUACCAGUAGAUAAAACCCACUUGGACGUGCUUAAUUCACUGGAUAUCAACAACUAGUUCAUGUGUAGUAGACAGGAAAAGGUCUAUUUAUACAACAUGUUUGUCAGGGGUUAAUUGUCUUGGAUCUUGAAGGGGAAUCGUUUGAUAAAGCUCUACUUAAUAAGAGAUACCUGCUUUAGGUGGAACAGGCGUUUUUGAGCUGUGACCCAGCAAUCUGCACGCAUCCAUACCUGUGUUCAACUUUUUUUUUUCUCGGAAUUAGACUGAUAUGCAUUGUGUAGACUGUUGGGUUUUAAAUUUUGACAUGUAUAUAUAGUUUGGUUUGUUCUUCCUGCCUCAAGCUGUCUUCCCCUUUAAAGGUUCCCUUUUUCUUGCUUACUUCCAUGGCAAUAAAACAAGGUGCAUCCUAAAA